GUUUCCGAAAAAGUCCAGAACCCCUCCCCUAUUAAUAACAUCUCAUGUAGCGUAAACCCUAAACCCAAGCCUCCUAUUCUCCUUAAACCCUAAACUCUGCGAAAAUGGCUGUCACUAACAUCAUCCGAAGGACUGCUUCUCAAGUUGUACCCUUGGCUGCUCGGGUAUUCGGUAGAACUCAGAGCUACCAUCAUCGAUCCUCUGCUCUCUUCUCCACCGUAGUUAACCGUAGUGCUGCUUCUAGAAACUUCUUUCGGAGCUCAGUACCGUCGACCCUUCAUUUCUAUUCUACCAAGAGGCCCAGUUCUGAUGAGUCACUCCUAAAAGUCAUUCAGUCUGAAAUCCAAUGUGUCGAGGAAUCCGACGAAAAAGACGAGGUUGAGGAGGCUCCUGAGGGUUUCCCCUUCAAGAUUGAAGAUCAUCCAGGACAACAAACUAUAACAUUGACAAGAGAGUAUCAAGGUGAAUCUAUUGAUGUCGAAGUUCACAUGCCUGAUCUUGUUACUGGCGAUGAAGAUGAGAAUGAAAACACUGCUGAGGAUGAUAAUGAAGGGGCCAAUCAGUCCCAAAUUCCUCUAGUUGUUAGGGUGUCUAAGAAGAAUGGACCAUCUUUGGAGUUUGGUAUCACCGCUUUUGCUGAUGAGAUUGUUAUUGACACUUUGUCAAUCAAAGAUCCUAAUGUUGCUGAGGAUCAGAUUGCUUAUGAAGGACCUGAUUUCUCGGAUUUGGAUGAGAACCUCCAAAAGGCUUUCCACAAGUAUCUGGAGAUCAGGGGUAUCAAGCCCAGCACAACCAACUUCUUGCAUGAGUACAUGAUCAACAAGGAUGGUAGAGAAUACAAGAUAUGGCUUAAGAAUCUGAAGAAAUUCAUUGAGGCUUAGGUUCUACUUGUUGCAUAAGUUUUGAUGUUUUAAUUUUAAUGUCUGCCAAUGAUCAAUACCAUGAUUGUGAAGUCUUUUAGUUAUUUCAUUGAUAAAGUUAAUGUACCAUGAAAAGAAAUCCUAGUCUUUGGCAAGUUAAAAACCAAAUGUUGGUGAAUUUAAGGGAGUUGUUCAUUAUGCUUUUUAUCAGCAGCUACUUCUUCUCAUUGCUGCAUGUUGUUGCUUGCUAAUGAGAUUGCGUUUCCAAUUUUUUCAUGUUUGCUAAUUGUCAAGGCAAAUCACUUUGCUUUCCCUUUAGUCCCUAAACAAGGAUUUCUCCAACUUGUACUGGCUUGCA